AUUUCUAGGGUUUGUGUGUUCUUGGAGCGCCAAGCGAUGCCGCCGGGCUCCGGCGCGGCGCGAUCCCGGUAGGCGCUAGGGCUUCUCUGCAGGUGAGUGGCGGCGCGGCGAUGGAAUGCAACAGGGACGAGGCGUCUCGGGCGCUGGCGAUCGCGGUGGAGAAGCUCGGCGCGCAGGACUGGGCCAGUGCGAAGAGGUUUGCGGCCAAGGCGGACCAGUUGUUCCCCAAUCUGGAGGGACUGGCGCAGGUUGUGGCUGUGGCCAACGUCCAGAGCCGGGCGCAUGGGAAAGCGGAGGGCGAGACGAACUGGUACGAGAUUCUGGAAGUGGAAGCCAGCGCCGAUGGGGUGGCCAUCAAGAAGCAGUACAGGAAAAUGGCGCUGGUUCUUCACCCGGACAAGAAUAAGUUCCCUGGGGCCGAAGCUUCGUUCAAGCUCAUCCAGGAGGCGUGGUCCGUGCUCUCCGACAGGACCAAGCGAGAAAAGUUCGAUCUUUUGAAGAACAUGACCAACAGUUCAUGGCGUGGCAGCAACUUCGCGACGCAGCAGCAGCAAAGCAGCAACUUUCCGGCGUAUCAGCAAAACUUUGCGGCCCAGGGCGUGUUUUGGACGAGGUGCCCUUUUUGCCAGAUCCAGUUCCAGUAUGGGAUUCAGUACCUCAACCACAACCUCGUGUGCACGAGGUGUUCGAAAGAUUUCGUGGCGGUGAGUGUAGAGAAUGUCUUCCCGGGAAGGGCGCAGAGGCCGACUAGGCGGGGUGGUAUGUUCUUCCCACGCAGGAACGCUGCGGCUUUUGCAGCGGCGGCGGCGCAAGCGGCUGCCAACGCUGGUGUUGAUACGUCGGAUGUCGUUCAGCGAUGCUUCAACCAGGCGAAGAAGGAAAGGAAGGAGAAGGUGAAGGAAGAGAAGAUUGCCAAGAGCAAGAUGGAAGAAGGAAGUGCAGGCAGAGGCAGACGGAGGAAAGGCAUUCAGACGAGGACCAGGAAGCUCGACGAGUUUUUGAACCGUUAUCCGGCAAGCAACGAUGAUCCGAAAGAGUUCGCUAGGAAAGUGGCCGAAGACCACCCAGUGAAUCAUGAACAGCCGAAAGAAGAACCCGAGCCUGUGCCAGAAGAAGCAUUCCCCUCGGCCACCGGUCCUAGCGGCGGCAAUGCGGAGGAAGAAACGAAGCAAGCUCCUUCGGAAUCAAAGGAAACAGAGAGUCCGAAAGUACAGGAUGAGACGCAGUUCCAAGUGAAUGCAGAAGAUCAGGAGGGGAAGGACGACGAUGGCCACCAGCAAGAAGACGGCAGGGAAGAAAACCAUCAGAAUGAGCAGUCUCAUGGCAAGCUCGAGGUUCCAGACAGCGAUGAGGAGCUUCUGGUGAACUUCAGGAGACCGCAAAGGAGAAGCCUGGAAGUUCCAGACAGCGAAGAAGAAGACUGGAAGCCAGAGAAACCCGCGAGUUCACAGCGGGUGCCAGAGAAUGAGAAGCCAGCUAGCGAGAAACCGGCUGCCGAGGAGCAGGCUCCGGCCACCAGACGCUCGUCCCGCAAGCGAAACAUCCUCUGCUACAGGUUCGACGAUCACGGGGAAGACGAUCCGGAAAAGGAGUUCCCGAGCGGGAAGAAAGGCCGGUUCUCCUCUCCCGAGGACUUCCCGGGAGGAGACGAUCGUCCUCCGCCCAUGGAGCAGGCAUUCGGGACUUACGACUUCGACGCCGACCGGACGCUGCUUAAGGUGAAGAAGGGCCAGGUGUGGUCGGUUUACAACGUCGACGACUCGCUUCCGAGCUGGUACGCCAAGGUGACGAACGUGAAAAGCGAGCAGCACAUAUCAGCGAAGUGGCUGGAGCAGAUCAAGGGGAAGUCGCGGGACGUCGAUGCGUGGCAGGAGGUGGGACACUACGCGCCGUGCGGCGACUUCCAGCUCCACAAAGAUACGCAGAAGCUGAGCCUGACGAUGCUGUGCCAGGAAGCCCGAGCGGAGCCGCUGGAAAAGAGCAAGAACAGGUGGAAGAUCUAUCCUCGGGCGGGAGAGGUUUGGAGUUUGAUCCGGGGGUGGGACAGGAGCUUGCUGAGCGGCAAGAACGACGCCAGGACUUUCGUGUACGACUUCGGCGAGGUGUUGAGCGACUACACGCCCGAGAAGGGCGUCAAGGUGGCGCCGCUGGUGAGACGCGAGGGAGGAGGUUUCGUGAGAGAGGCCACGGGGAAGUGGCGGCACGUCGGCGAGGCGGAGCUCAUGAGCUUCGCGUACAGGGUCCCGGCGGUGAAGAUGGCGGAGCCGCCCGGAGCGUGGCAGCUCGACUCGGAGACUUUCGCGCGAGAUACAGAGGAGGAAGAAUAAGAUGAGAAUUGGGCUGCUUCUUCGUCCUGGCCUCUGCUAGAACAGGCUUUAAUUUAUUUAAAUUUUAGGGUUAACUUUAAACAGAAUAUUCGUUUCCGGUGAAAA